AUGAAUCGAAUUAAAGACCUCUGGCUGAAAGAAGAAGUUGAAGGGAUUUACAAAUUUUUAAUUAGUGCUUCAAAAAUCUCAUGUUUAGCUCCAAUACCAAAAAUUAUCAAUGAAAUAUUAGAUCCAACCUAUCUAACCUGAAAGUUUUUUAUUCCUCCUCUUUUACUGAAUGUUUUUUCUUUGCUUGUCAUAAUGUCAUUAUCUAAAAGGAGUACCUUUGCCAAAAUGAUUGUUUUGAUUAUUGCCAAUGAAUAUCAUAAUAUAUUGUUUUAUAUAUUAUCUAGAACUCAAAUAAACGGAGCUAUAUUUGAAGUCUUUGGCUUUGUUUUGAGAAUGAAACUCCAAUUUACAAUAAUUCAGAACACAUGAUUAUUUAAUGCCACACUUUUUGGGCAUGUAUAUUUGUGGCACAUUCAUUCCUAUAUUAUGUAUUCUAGCAUUGAAAAGCCUAUAUCGCCAAUUUUGGAUAUUUUGACUGCAAUUCUUCUAUGUAAUGUAUGCAGAUAUCAUUUUAUGGAGCUUUCAUAUAAAAAGUUCUUUUAUCAAACAGAAGUAGAAAAUCAAAAAAAUAGAUUGAAUAUAAUAACUCAGUCCUUAACUGAAGGAAUAAUCAUUCUAACUCAAACUGGUGGAAUAGCAUUUAAUAACGAAAAAUUUUUUGAGCUGCUGAAUACCAAUUCAGAAAAUUUAAAAAAUGUCUUAAGCUCAAUAAACUAUAUCGAAGGCAAAAAAAUUUCAGUGAUCAAUAGGUCAUCAAAAUUAAUUGAUGAUAUUAAUUAUUUAUUAAGCAAUCCAACAAUUGAAGAAUUAGUUCUUGGUAUUUCUUUGACAGAAAAUACAAAUAUUGAAUGAAAAGCAAAGAGCAUAAAUUGAGAAGGGGAAUCUUCACUCUUUAUGUCUAUUAGAAAUGCAAAUCAAAUUAUUGAACUUGAAAACAAUAUUGCAAAGCAAAAUUUAAAACACUUAAUAUUAAGAUCAGCUUCACAUGAAUUAAAAACUCCACUCAACUCUAUUAUUUAUUUUACAAACGAUGUUUUAGAGGAUAAAACCUUACUCUCCCCUCCAUGAUCGAACAAAACCAUGAGAAAAAUCCCUAUUUAUUGAAAAAAAACCCACCCUACGUGAGCAAACAAAAUUUUUUUUAAUAUAAAAAUUUUUUUUAUGAAAAAUAAAUUUGAUAGAUAAAUGAUAAUUAUUAUAACGAAAUCUCGAGCUAGUUCUGAUUAAUUUUAAACAGCUUGCGUUUUAAAAUAUAAUUUUCUCAAAUUAAAUAAAUUUUUGCUUCUCAAUUUUUACAUAUUUGAAAUUUUUUUAUAUUUUGAAAAAAAAAGAUUUACUAUAAAAUAAAUGUAUUAAAAAAAAAAAAUUAAUCCCCUUUUUGAGCGAACAAAAUUUUUUUGUUCGCUCACGGAGGGGGAGUUAGAUUUUGAUGAACGUACAGAGAAAAAAUUAAAAACUGUAUUGGUUUCAGGAAAACUUAUGCUUUCAUUAAUAAAUGAUUUACUUGAUUAUUCGCAAAUUUUAACUGGUGGGUUAAAAAUUAUAAAAAAGAAUUGCCAUAUUAAAGAAAUAAUUAUGAAUGCAUGUGACUUGAUACAGCUUCAAGCUGAAAAGAAAAAUAUAUCGAUAAUUUAUAGAUUAGAUCCUUUCUUACCUAAACACAUAUAUACAGAUCCAAUCCGAUUUGGCCAGAUUUUAUUAAACCUGAUUUUAAAUGCUAUUAGAUAUACUAUAAAAGGAAAAGUUGAAGUUUCAUGUGUUUUAACUUCACAAAAUAAACUAAAAUGCUACGUUGAAGACACAGGAAUUGGAAUAAAUGAUCAAAAAUUAAAAGUUAUGACAGACGAGCUAAAUUCAUCGGUUAUGCCUACAAUUGAUUCUACAGGAAAAGGCUUAGUCCCCCCCUCAAAAUUAUAUAUAUAAAUUUUAUAGAGUUUUUUUUUUCGAAAUUUAAAAAUAUCCCACUUCGUCAAAAUUGAGAAGCUAAUAUUAAUUUAAUUUGUAGAAUUUAUGUUUUAAAACGCAAUUUGUUUAAAAUUAAACAGAAUUAGCUAGAGAUUUCGUUAUACUGAUUAUCACUUAUCUCUCAUUUUUUUUUUCCAUAAAAAAUUUUCCUAUUAAUAAAUUUUUUUGUUCGCUCGUUGAGGGUGGUUUUUUUGGGCAAAAAAUUGGGAUUUUUCUAAUGGUUUGUUCGCUCAUGGAGGGGAGGGGGCUAGGACUUCAUAUAUCAAAUCUUAUUUCAAUGCAAUUAGGAGGGCAAGCAUUAAAAGGGAAGUCAAUUCCAGGCAAAGGAUCAAUUUUUUCAUUCACAAUUGAUUUAAGCACAUCAAAUAGCGAUCAACAAUUUAAGAUUAAGAUUAAGAUUAAAGAUAAAGAUUACGAUAACUCGUUGGGAACCCCACUUAGCUUAGGUUCCAAAAAUACAAGCUCUUCCUUCAUUGAAUUCCAUCCACUGGCUAACAGCUCUGAACAACGGUAGGUGGAAUCGGCCUAACCGUCGAACCGUUACAGUUGCCAAUGGCCCGGACGAGUCUCUCUUCUUCACUUUAACUUGCGUCAUGUGCACUUGGAACUGCCGGAGUAGUUCCAACGCUGAUUUCCUUCAGAAAGAAUGAACUUCCCUCACUAGGACGAGGUUAGGGGACGGGACCCCUAACUCAUACAUUCCAUUUUUAAUUGUAUCAACAAUUUGAUAAUCCAAUAAAUAGUGAUGAGUGCAAUGAAGAUGUUAAUCCUAGUUUUUCUGUUUCUGCAAAUAUUUUCAAAGAAAUUUGAAAUCAGACUGUUUUGAUAGUGGAUGAUAUGGAGUUUAACUUAGAAAUCUUAGGCUCAAUAUUAAAGAAUUAUGGAAUCGCAUAUUGCGAAGCCAUAAAUGGAAAAAUUGCAAUUGAAAAAGUAAUCGAGCAUGAGAGUCAGCAGAGACCUAUUAUGAUGGACUCAAGUAUGCCAGAAAUGGAUGGAUGAGAAGCCUCUAGGACUAUUAAUCAAUUGUACAGAGAAAGGAAAAUUAAUUUUUUGCCUGUUAUUAUAGGAUAUUCUGCAUAUAAUUCUGAUGAAGAUGUUAAACUUUGCUUUGAGAGUGGGAUGGCUGAGUUUAUACCGAAACCAUGCUCAUCAGAAGAGAUAAUUAAGACUGUAAUUAAAUAUAUAUAA